UUUGAAUUUUUUGUUAUUUUUAUUUAAUAUUUAAAUAUUUAUUUAUUUUUCUCAUUUUUUAAUUUGUGCGUUUUUUGUUAAAUUUUUUCGAUUUUUAUUAAUUUUUUUGUUUAUUUAUUAAUUAAAUAAUUAUUUUUGAAAAAAAAAACUGUUUUUAACCUGUUCAACCAGUCAUUUUUCUUGAUUGGAGGUUUUUUAUGAUAAAAAUGUCACUUUGAAGGUUAAAAGUGCUAACGAAAAAACUUCAAGGUUUAAAGUGCUAGUAACUGACACUUUCAAGGUUUUUUAUGUGAUUUUCCCAAUAGAAUUCUGUUAAGGGUAAGCGUACUAGAUUAAUUAUUUUUGUUAUCCAUGGUAAUUAGAACCAAGAUCUCAGAGCACCUCUAAUGAGGGUUCUCUACAUGAAUUUCUAAAAAAUACAUAUAUGUAUAUAUAUAUUUAAAUAAUAUUUAUAUAUAUAUACAUAUAUGUAACUUUUAGAAAUUCACGUAUAGAAAUCCCUGUUGAUUGCUCUUGCUAACUGGAGGUGAAAACUACCGUUAAACACAACUCGUCCACCAGGUUUUCUAAAUAGACCGGGACCAUCGCCAAUGAUUUUGUUUCAAAUAUGACUCGAGUUCAUGUAGAAGCGAGUUUAGACCACAUUCUGACUCGAACUACCACUUAACAAACGAUAGUAGGUUUCAAGACACCUGAUAUGAAUAGUAUUGCUAAAACUGAAUUAAUGUCUCUGAUGAAAAUAUAUAACUAUAUGUUUUUCAAGAUAUAUCGACUGAUAAGCAAUAUUAAUUCAUUCCGAGAGAUAAGUAACACUAAUAAUGUCAAUAUAGAUAGUUAGGAAACUUCAAAUGCAUUUUCUCGAAGUGAACUAGAUGGAAUUUUGGUCCAGGAGUUUUUGGCCAGCCCUAGCUAGUGCUAUACAGCAAAAGGUUAAGUAUGCUUACGUUGUGGUAUACCGAAUCAAUAAGUGAACCGGUCAGCCAUUUCUUUGGGAAACAGAACCGGGAAGGGUUACAGGCAAGUGGAGCCACGCGCACGAGCGCUGAUGGUGAACUUUGUCAGGUAAAGAAUAAUAAAAAAUAUUUAAAAGAUCAAAACUUCAGCUAGAAUCCAAAAGCAAAGGAGAAGAAGGUAUCAUGUGCCAUUUUUGAGUUAUUAUUAUUAAAAACAUGAAUAAGUAAGAACCAGAAUUAAUAAAUAAAAAGUUCAAUAAAAAAGAAUCAGAAAAAAUCAUUUUUCCUCUAUCUUUCUGCAAGAUGUCCAUGAUGAUUAUUAUUAGAGAGAGACAGGAACAACAAGAAACCAUCUAGAAGAAGGAAACAUAACAUCAUUAUAUAGUUUUUAAGGGCAUUUCCAAUACCACACAAAAAUUUCAUUUAUAUUUCAUACUAAAAUAUAUCAAUUCUAUUAUAGAGUUUGAUUUGAUUUUAUUGUUCAUUCUAUAAUAGAGUUAAUCUAUAAUAGAGUGAAAUAUAUAAUAAUAUUAUUUUUUUAUUUUAUAUUGGGAGUGAAAAAACAACACACUAUAUUAUAGAGUAAUUUUAUUAUAGAGUGAAUUAUUUGAACAAAUCCAAAAGAAGAUUGAAAUAUAAAGAAGAUUUUUGUGUACCAUUGGAGAUGGUCUAAGGGAGGUAAGAAGAUCCGGAAGAAGCCCCAAUAGUACAAGAAACAUCAGUUAGGACCAACACAAUAUCAGGUUUUCUAGAGAGAGAAAGUUAGACUUUGCAGAGAGAGAGAGGAACCAAAAGAAAGUAAAGAGUUGCAGUGUUCUUUUUCUCCUCCUGUGAGCAGAAAGAAAUAAAGUCAAAAGUUACAGUAGAUUGCAAGAUUCUUCUUCUUCUUUGCUCAUCAGAGAUUUUGUUUUGUAGAUUCUUUUUUUCAUAAAAGAAGGAAUCGUUUAUAGGUUUAUGGUUGUAUGCAUUGGAGUUGUGUGAUGUGUUGUUUACUUAUUAGGGAAUAGAAACAAUUUUUAUUCAUUUCUAUUAGUUUUUUUUUGUAUUUAUAAUCUGUAAGGAUUAGGGUUUUGAUUUAUAUCAGCUGUGGCAACCACGAGGAGGCAUAACCUACCGAUGUCGGAUUCCGGUGCCUUCACGGACUGGACGGCGGCGGCAACGACGACGACAUCUUCCCGCGCCACCGAGGAUCUAUCUCUUGGUUUCAAUGCUGGUCCCGCCGUUGUCCACGGUGGUUUAGCCUCAGCUUCCGCCGCCGCCGCCGGCGUUCCAUCAUGGCCUCCUGGAUCCUCUGUCCGGUACGGCCUCCCGUCGGCGGCGGCGACUGAGAUGGGCAUGGUCGGUUUAAGAGACGUCUACCUUGUUGCUCCGGCGUACCACCACCACCAGAACGUUGGACUUGUAUCUGGAUCCGAUCAGAUUAAUAGUAAUGCAGCGGCGGCUUCGCUCGGCGUCGGAGUUAUUCCUCUUCUCACAGCGGCUCCGGCGCAGCAGCAGCAUCAAAACGUGGAAGACACCGACAUUAACUUCGUCGGAAACAGCCGGCGAUGGCAGCACAAUGACAGCAGCAACAACCAGACGGAGUAUCUUCACUUCAAGAGUACGACGGUGGCCUCGACUUCGAACAACUCGGGGUCGGGCUCAGCGGGAACCGCCACGUGUCAAGACUGUGGUAACCAGGCCAAGAAAGAGUGUAAGCAGAGGCGGUGCAGGACGUGCUGCAAGAGCCGUGGCUUUGAUUGUUCGACUCACGUGAAGAGCACGUGGGUCUCUGCGGCUCGUAGGAGAGAGAGGCAGGUCAUGCCCACAACGGCUGGCUCGUCUCCGUCGACCUCCUCAGGGACCAAGAAGCCGAGGAUCGCCGGGGCUCAACAACAAGCCACUUCUCAUACUUCAACUUCUAACACGCCUCCUCAAAGUUUCGAUACUAGCUCCAGCCAAAAAGACGGAGGGUCAAGAGAAGCGUGGCCGGGACAAGUUAGGGCCGCAGCGGUGUUCAAGUGUGUGAAAGUGACGGCAAUGGAGGACGGGGGCGACGAGUACGCUUACCAGGCGGUGGUGAAAAUCGGUGGACAUAUCUUUAAAGGCUUCUUGUAUGAUCAAGGGCUUGAACCUAAAGAAGGUUUUCCUAAUAUGUCGGAUUUGCAUUUAGGUGGGGGAGCCAGUAACCACAACGUUGUGUCUGCCUCGCAGCCUAUUCUCGACCCGCCAAAUGUCUAUGGUGGUGGUGGUGGUGCAGGCGCUGGGUUUUACAGUUAAACCAUAUCUAUUAAAAAAAAAAUCCAACUGGGGUUGGAUACAAAUGAAUAGUUCACUAACUCUAUUGUAUGAAUUGUUCAUGUGGACGAUACUACUUUCUAAUGCUGGAAAAAAAAUUCUCGGCAGAAAUUUUACCUUAAUUGGUGUUGGAA